AUGGAAACCACAUUGUUCAAGCUUAAAGGUCGUCGAAAACAAUCGAAUCCAUUGAAAAAUUCUGUUGAACAACUUAAAGAAGAAAAAGAAGAUUCUUUAAAUAUGUUAGAACAAGCAGAUAAAAAUAAUGGUAUUCAAUUUACAAAUUGGAAUCAUACAGAUGAUGAUAUUAUUGAUGAUAAAAUGAAUGAAGUUAUUAUAAAUACACCAGAAACUUCUGAAGAAGAUAUCGAGAACAAUAGACCAUCGCCACCAACAUCACCAGCAUCCAGUUUAACAGAGAAUAAUAAUUCAAUAUUGGAAAAUAAUAAUACAUCAUCAUCUAAUGAUAAUGGCAUUACAGUUCCAACUAAUGGAACACCAAACCAUUGUCAAGUAUGCCGAAAAUCAUUUGCUAAUGUAUAUCGCUUACAACGCCAUAAAUUGAGCCAUGAAGAGAAUGUGUCAUUACGAAAAUUUAAAUGUACUCAGUGUGAAAAAGCCUUUAAAUUCAAACAUCACUUGAAGGAACAUGUGAGAAUACACAGUGGUGAAAAACCAUUUGAAUGUAAUCAUUGUGGACGAAGAUUUUCACAUUCUGGUUCCUACUCAAGUCAUAUGACAUCAAAAAAAUGUGUCGGUAAAAUUUUGAAAGUACAACAUAAUAUUAACAAUAAUGUUCCUAAGCCACCAACAUUACCGACAUCGAUCCUUUCAGUCAAAAGCAAUACUUUCAAUGAUAAUACUGAUAAUAAUGUGCCAAAAAAAUUACCAAAUAAUGCAAAUAAUUUGAACAAUACGUUUAUACCUAUACUUCCAAAACAAGAGACAACGCAACCAAAAUUAAUGACAAUACCAUCAAAUCCAAUGUUUCAUAUUGCACCAAUUACUAUUCCUUCGCUAAGUUAUUAUAUUGUACCUGGUUUCACGAAUUCAGCGAAUAAUUCGAGCCUAGAAACACCGAAAAUUGAAAACAAUAGUAAACAUGCUGACGUUCCUAAAGUUGAAAAUGAAGACGUUGUUUCGAAGAUUUUAGAAACCGUAAAUGGAAAUGUUACAAAACACUUUCUUCAAAUUAAUUUAUCCCCAUUAAAUUUAACGAAAAAGGAGAACGAUGAUAAAAACACAAAUUUAGAAACAUUUCCCGAACAAAAGAAUUCGAUAAUGUCAUUAUAUCCAUCACCUCCUUCGUCACCAGAUUGUUUUUCAUCGAAUUUCGAUCAGCCAUUAGAUUUAUCGAUGAAAAAAUCUGAUAUUGAAGACUUAGAACUGAGUAGAUCAUCAAUAUCGAUGGAUGUGGAGUUAACUGAUGAACAAAAACAACAAUUAACUAGUGCACAAAUGAAUGCUGUUAUGGGUCUUCUGUCUAUGGAGAAAAUAAUUACGAGACAAAAGAAUAGUGAAAAAUGUUUGGAUAAGAAAGAUUUGGAACCGAAAAUUAAUUUUACUGCGGAGACAAUUAAAAAGGAAACCGAAGAAGUUCCUGCUGUAACAGUUCAAGCUGAUACAGAAGUUGAGGGGAAAUUUGUUUGCAGUCAUUGUGAUAAAGUUUUUUCCAAACAAAGUUCAUUAGCUAGACACAAAUAUGAACAUUCAGGUCAGCGGCCAUACCAAUGCUUAGAUUGUCCAAAAGCAUUUAAACAUAAACAUCAUUUAACAGAACAUAAACGUUUACAUAGCGGAGAAAAACCAUUCCAAUGUGGAAAAUGCUUAAAACGAUUUUCACAUUCCGGAUCGUAUAGUCAACAUAUGAAUCACCGAUAUUCUUAUUGCAAACCAUAUAGAGAUUAGCAGUCACAACAACGAAAAUUA